GGUGUUGUUAUUCUUUUACUUUUAAUGCAGAGUUUAUAGGUUCUCUACUACUGUAGCAUGCUUUAAUCACAAUGUUUGCAGAGCAUGUACAUUUUUGUAGGCACGUACUGAACAAUGGACUGUAUGUGAGGAAAGGUUGCGACAGGGACAAGUGCAACAAAAGUGACAUGAAAGGGACGUAAUCAUGAGUGCAAAGUUCACAUUAGUCAUGGUCAGAAGAGCAGGGACUUCAUUCAGCUCACCUCCGUUAACAUUAGUAGCAGCACUUACAACUAAAGUAGGCAAAGAAAGCAGAGAAUCAGGAUUCAUACAGUCACAAGGCAGUUCAUCAACAUACAGAGUUUCUUCAAGAAGACACUGACAGCACUGGGGAUUGAGAUCCUCCUUCACACACUGAAGCAGCUUUGGCAACAUCUUUGAGAAGAAAGACAAGGCAGAAAGACCAUCAGCCUCCUUAAGCCACUGAAGACACCUGGCUUAAGAAACUUUUGCGGCUUUAAGACGACAGAUAAGGAGACUCUCUACUACACAGAGCAGGAAUCAAAACACAGCGGGAGUUACAUCCUUCCUAGCGUGCCGGCAAAGCCUGGAUUAGAAAACUUACUUUUUUGUGGGUGGAUGCAAAUGCCAGCAGGAAACUACUUCCUUCUGAUCUUGGAACUGUGACAAGUGAAGAGGGCAAAGCCACGUGCACUGCAUACAUGUUCGAAGUUAUGAAUCGCAGACUAAAGCUACCUGUGGGACAAUAGCAGCAAGGAAGAGCCAGGCAGUAGUACAAACUUACAAGGACUACUGUAUGUAUGAAGGCGAGAUAACGUGUAUAUCAACCAUGAGGAGAAUUGUGAUCUAUGUUUUCUUGGUUGUCACGUGCAGUCUAGAUACGUCAUUCGUCAGCUCGGAGCUUAUGACGGGUUCUUGUCGGAUUGUGUGCGGCAUGGGAGGGGAGAACAGCAACCUGUAUCUGUCCGACUAUCCCAACAGUCCUAACAAUCUACCUGAUGUAGGGAAAGGAGAGAAAGGUGCUCCCGGGCGACCAGGCAAAGCAGGCCCCCAGGGCCCCCCAGGGGAGACAGGGAUACAAGGGCUGCCAGGAAAGGGUUUGUAUGGGCCUAAGGGGGAGAAAGGGGACAUGGGUCCUCUCGGACCAAAAGGAGACAGGGGCCUGCAAGGUCCAGUAGGGGCAGGGAGGAAGGGAGAUUCUGGUGACAAGGGACAGAAGGGGGAACAGGGGUACACGGGUCCGCGUGGGAAACCAGGCGACCCAGCCCCGUACCACCCCAUGAUCCGCUACGUACACCCGCCCGCCCCGGGACCGCUCAAAAUCGUGUUCUCUGCGACCAACACGUACAAGGAUGUCAAGUACAGGCAUGGAAGACGCAGCCAGGCGACUACCAGUUUCAGCCACGUGCUUGUAAACAGCGGCGGACACUACCACACGAGAAAUAGCGUGUUCAUCGCACCGAUGAACGGAACCUACUCGUUCACGUUCAGCGUUCCGAAACACCAGAAGGAAGACCUCUUGGAGGUCCAUCUGAUGAGAAACCUCAAGAAACAGGUCAUUGCCAUAGCAACAGGCCCAAACCCAGGGAUCUCCAUGGCAACUAACUCAGCCAUCAUCCACAUGGAUGAGAAUGACCUUGCAUGGAUCAAGGUCCAUAGGGGAGCCAUAGAGGAGCAGGAGAGGCUGGCAACAUUCACUGGAUGUCUGCUCUUUCCUGAUCUUGGGUAAAGUUGUACCUUUAUCAAGAUUAUAAUGACAGAAAUAUAUUAUGCAUAGUAGUUGUACUAUUAAUGCUAUGGUCCCAUUUGCACCAGUGCUUGCAGGAGCCAAGGCCACAAAUUUGUAGGCCACAGUGUCUAUUUGUCACCAGGUCCCAGGUUGAUUUUAACUGUGAAUUAAAAAAAUCCAGGGGCCUGACUGUGCCCCAAAAUAGCCCAGUAGCCGUAGGGUGUUUCACAGGGCCACACACAUGUAGG